GGUUUCCAAUUCCUUUUCAAGAACUUUUAUAUCUUAUCUUCUCCUUUCAUUCAUAUAUACCUCUAAUUAGGGUACUCAGGGAAGUACCCUAGCUUACCUACUUCUGUAUCUAAUAUUCACCCUUCUUUUUGAACAUACCAUAUGUCUCUCUUGAAUUUGCCAGAACCCAUAUUGGAUUGCAUUCUAAAGCUCCUUUCACCAAUGGAACUCGUUAGCAUGUCUGAAGUGUGUACUUGUUUGAGGGAUAGAUGUCGAAGUGAUCCUUUGUGGGAAGUCCACAUAAAGAAGAAAUGGGGUGGAGUCAUUGGUGAUGUUGCUUACAAGGAGUGGCAUUGGCAUAUCACAACAACUAAGGAGAAAGGAAUUAACCAACUGCAUCAACAGCACAAUAUUCAGAAUGGAUCAUUAGGGCCUUUCAGUGGUACUUGGCCUAUGUUAUAUCUCAGGUCUUAUUUAGAAGAUUGUAGCCAUCUUAAUACCUCAUUGGCAAAUAGUUUUAUGAUGGCUUUGUAUUUCUCUCUAGAGAAUGGCAAGUUCUGGUUUCCAGCUCAAAUCUACAGGGGACUACUGGUUCGAGAUGCCUUAGUAAGAUAUGAUUCCAAAACAGAUAAGUUUCAAGCAAGACAACAAAAUGGAGGUUGGCAAGUAAUGGGAAAUAACAUCCAAUGGGAUAUCCUGAGAGCUCCACCAGUAGAUACCCCUCCAUGGAAUCUACACGUGUCUGAUUGCUUACAAGACUUAAAACCAGAGGAUCAUAUUGAGAUCCAACGUAAGCGAAGAAGAGAAAGUACACCAUAUGAUUGGUGGUAUGCUGUUAUUGGUCACAUGGAAUCAUGUAAUGAAAAUCAGAACUUCUGCCGCUGUCGAUACUCUGAGACAUUAAUCGUGGAGUUUAAGCAAUAUUCUCAUGGAUCAAGCAUGAGACGAGUAAAGCUACCCAGAAAUGGAGAACAAUUUGAAGAACCAACACGAUGCUAUGGAGGAAUUAGAAAGCUUCACAGUGACGAGGAGAUACAAAGAUGGGAGAAGCUCUUGCCACCACAUCAAACUCCUGCGGCGCGUAUUCGUCGGAUCAGAGGAAUAGCACGAGGAGUCCGUUUCCUGGCAUAACUACAUUUGUUGUUUGUUGUUCAGUCACUGAUCGUUGAGUUCAAGCAAUACCCUCUUAGAUCUAGAAUGAGAUGAGAAAGGCUACUAAAAAAUGGGGAACAAUGUGAAGAACCAACAGGGUGCUAUGGAGGAAUUAGAAAGCUUCACAAUGAGGAGAUACAAAGGUGGGAGAAACUCUUGAUGUUGGAAAAUGGGAUAUGCGAACUUAGAUUAUUAUGAUAAAUACCAUACAUGAACUUGUACGUCAGGAAUAUAAAAAGAAAGACUAAAGCGUUUCCGUGUUCUUGGAUGACAUAUUAUUUGAAGAAGAAAAAAUUGAACUUUAUAAUCUUUCAAGUCUUUAUGCACAAAUCUCUCUUG